UAUGUCUUAAAAUGGAAGUUUUAUAAUUUCUUUUUGCGAAAAUGGUAAUUCAAUAUAUGCAUCCAAAAAUAAGCAAAGGAAAGAAACAAGUAUAAGAACAUGGCAUAACACAUCGCUUUUUCUUAUUAGUACUGAAAUCCAGAAACUGACAAAGAGAAGCAAUGAAGAUUUCAAUUUUCUCUACGUUCCUUCUAUCAAUCAUUCUCUUGUUCCUUUCAACACAAACUUUUGCAACAAAAAAUUCCUAUAUAGUCUAUUUGGGAUCACAUAGACAUGGAACACAGCCUACAUCAGUUGAUAUUGAUCAAGUGAAAAGUUCUCAUUUUGAUUUGCUUGGAUCUUUUAUUGGAAGCACUGAGAAAGCAAAAGAUGUCAUCUUUUAUCAGUAUACUAGAAGCAUCAAUGGAUUUGCUGCAAUGCUCGAUGAGGAAGAAGCAGCAGAGAUGGCUAAACAUCCAGAUGUCGUUUCAGUUUUCUUGAACAAGAAAAGAAAUCUGCAGACAACACGAUCAUGGACUUUUCUUGGAUUGGAGAGUGAUCAAGUAAUUCCAGAGAGCUCCAUAUGGAAAAAAGCAAGGUUUGGUGAAGAUACAAUCAUCGGAAAUCUCGACACUGGUGUUUGGCCAGAAUCAAAGAGCUUUAGUGAUGAAGGUUAUGGACCAGUGCCAUCAAGAUGGCAAGGAACUUGUGUGAAAGAUAAAACAAAAAACCCAGUUCAUUGCAAUAACAAGUUGAUUGGAGCAAGGUACUUCAACAAAGGUUUUGGAGCAUCCUAUGGAAAGCUUAAUUCUUCCUUUAAUAGUGCUCGUGAUGAUGACGGCCAUGGAUCCCACACAUUAUCAACAGCUGGAGGUAACUUUGUUCACGGAGCAAACAUUUUUGGGUAUGCCGGUGGAACUGCAAAAGGAGGAUCCCCAAAAGCCCGAGUUGCUGCUUACAAAGUAUGUUGGCCUGGAAGUGUUGGCGGCUGCUAUGAUGUGGAUAUCUUGGCUGGCUUUGAUGCUGCCAUAAGCGAUGGCGUUGAUGUGAUUUCCGUCUCACUUGGUAGCAAUUAUCCUGUAGAGUUUUUUGCGGAGGGUACAUCCAUUGGAGCUUUCCAUGCUGUUAAGAAAGGCAUAGUUGUGGUUUGUGCUGCUGGUAAUGAAGGACCUGAUCCAGGUACUGUUAAAAAUUCAUCUCCUUGGGUAUUUACAGUUGGCGCUAGCACAAUUGACCGGGAGUUCACAAAUUAUGUUGGGCUUGGAAAUGGAAAGCACAUGAAGGGAGCAAGCCUUUCAACAAAUAAUAUGCCGCAAAAAAAGUUUUACCCAUUGAUCAGUAGUGGAAAUGCUAAACUUGCUAAUGUAUCUGCUACAGAUGCUACAUUAUGCUUUAGUAAUUCUCUUGAUCCGAAGAAGGUGAAGGGGAAGAUAGUGACUUGCCUCAGGGGAAUUAAUGCCAGAGCAGCUAAGGAAAAGGAAGUCGCUCGUGCGGGUGGUGCGGGGAUAAUAUUGGCAAAUGAUGAAUUAAGCGGGAAUGCUACAAUAGCAGAUGAUCAUGUACUCCCUGCUUCACAUAUUAUUUUCACAGACGGUGAAGCUGUUUUCACCUACAUUAACUCUACCAAAAAUCCUAUGGCACACAUUACACGACCGAGGACAGUUGUGGGAGUGAAGAAUUCUCCACUUAUGGCUUCAUUUUCUUCUAGAGGGCCUAAUCCCAUUGAGCCAGUAAUACUCAAGCCUGAUAUCACUGCACCAGGAGUCAAUAUACUCGCUGCAUUUGCUGAAAUCAAUGCUGAUACGGAUAAAGGUCCGACUCCUUACAAAGUAGAAUCGGGGACUUCAAUGGCUUGUCCUCAUGUUUCCGGCAUUGUUGGCCUUCUCAAAACACUCAAUCCUGGAUGGAGUCCUGCAGCCAUUAAAUCUGCAGUUAUGACAACGGCAAGAACAAGGAACAACAUCGUGGCGCCAAUACAGGAUUUUUCGUACCAGAAGGCAACUCCAUUUGCAUACGGUGCAGGACAUGUUCGACCAAACCGUGCCAUGGAUCCUGGUCUCGUGUAUGACUUGACCAUCGAUGAUUACCUAAUCUUUCUAUGCGCUCAUGGCUACAAUGAAGACCAGAUCAGAAAAUUUUCUGAUAAGAAUUUCACCUGUCCAAAGUCUGCAAGUUUGGCAAAUUUCAACUAUCCUUCAAUCACAAUUCCUGAUCUUAAAGGCGCAAUAACUGUCACAAGAAGAGUGAAAAAUGUUGGUGCUCCAGGUACAUACUAUGCAAGAUUCAAGGCACCGAAAAGUGUGUCGAUUUCAGUUAAUCCGACAAGUCUAACAUUUGAUGUGAUUGGCGAGGAGAAGAGCUUCAACAUUACUUUAAAAUCUGAGGUCAAGGGCAGUAAGCCGACUGAGUAUGUUUUUGGAUCUCUGGUUUGGUCUGAUGGCAAGCACUAUGUGAGGAGUCCUAUUGUGGUAAAGCCCAACUAGUAGGAGCUCCAGCUCCCUGUUACUUAGUGUAGUGCAUAGUGCAUUCAUUUAAGGUCUUGUUCAAUUGGCUAGACUGUUGAAUGUUGGAUUCCAAUAAAAUACGAGAUUGUUGAAGUAUUUGACUUGUAUAUUGAUGUUUCCUUUGUCCAAUAUCUGAUC